AUGGCUACUAACACCAAGCUUGUAGCUCUUGGCUUUGUUGUCCUUGUGAGCAUUGGGUUCGCCGAUGCAGCAAGGAUGCUAGCUAGCUCCUCCAGUGCUUCGGGUGGUGGGGGAGGAGGUGGCGGGGGAGGCGGUGCGAAUGGUGGGAGUGGAUGGGGUGGAGGGUCUGGAUCGGGUGGAGGCUUGGGAUAUAGUGAAAGCGGUGGAGAUUGGGGUAACAAGUGGAACUUCGCCAAGGGGUCUGGAGGAGGAGGAAGUGGUGUGAGUGGCUCUGCAUCAGCCCCUAGCGGCAAUGGAUACGCCAAUGCUGAUGGUAAGGGUGGGGGCGGGGGUGGAGGUGGGGGUGUAAACGGGUCUAGCGGAACCGGGGCUGGGUCUGGCCUGGGCAAGGGAUAUGGUGAGAGUGGUGUGUCAAAGGCACCGGCUCCUGUUGCUGGUGGUGAUGGUACCAGCUACUCAGAUGCUGGUGGUAAUGGUAACGGUGGUGGCGGCGGUAACAACGGAAAUGGAGGUGGUACCGGAGCUGGCGCUGGACAGGCCGGUAGCGACGACACUUCUGGAGGCUUUGCAAAUGCAGGAGGAAGCGGCAAUGGUGGUGGCACAACUGGAAGUGUCGCUGAAGGACCAAGCCUUGGAGUUGGAUCUGGUGCUGGGUCUGGCUCCGCUCAGACCGGUAGCACUGGCUCUUAUGGCGAAGGCUAUGCCACAGGAAUGGGUGGUGGCAUGGGUGGCGGCACCGGUGAAAGCCAAAAUGGAGGAACUGGCAACGGUGGAGGCAGUGGGUCCGGAUCUGGUGGUGGAGGAUACCACUAA